GAUGAUCAGUCUAUUCUGUACUUCGUCCGCGAUCAGUUGGACUGUUACGAAGAGAUUGGCGCAUGUUUAUUUAAAGCACACUGACGCGUAUGUACAAUUGCGCGCGCAAUGAAUCAGACACCAGUGUCGUGUAUUCCAGCCGGGAAGAUGUCAAAAGCAAAGAAGGUGCUGGACGAAGCCCGCGAGAUCCAGAAUCCUGAGCUGGAUCUCGCGGACAAGGGAAUAUCGACGUUCGAGGAGAUGCCUGGAUUACUGAAUAUGAUCAAUAUCACCAGGCUAACUUUGAGUCAUAAUAAACUUCAAGCUGUACCGCCAGGCCUAGCAAACCUAGUCAAUCUAGAAAUAUUGAAUUUAUUUAACAAUCAUAUCACUGAGCUUCCGAUCUCCUUAUCUCAGAUGCCAAAACUACGUAUUCUCAAUGUGGGGAUGAAUAGAUUGGAUGUUCUUCCACGUGGAUUUGGUGCUUUUCCUGUACUAGAGGUUUUGGACUUGACGUAUAAUAAUCUCAGUGAGAAGAAUUUACCAGGAAACUUUUUCAUGAUGGAAACACUGAGAGCUCUCUAUUUGGCUGAUAAUGAUUUUGAAUAUCUACCUCCUGAGAUUGGGCAAUUGAAAAAUCUGCAAAUUCUUGUGUUGAGGGAGAAUGAUUUAAUUGAAUUGCCAAAAGAAAUUGGAGAAUUAUCGCGAUUGAGAGAGUUGCACAUACAGGGAAAUCGAUUAACUGUUUUACCACCAGAAAUAGGAAAUUUGGAUUUAGUAAGUAAUAAAGCAGUAUUUAGAAUGGAAUUUAAUCCAUGGGUAACACCAAUUGGUGACCAAUUGCAAGUUGGAAUAUCUCACGUAAUAGAUUAUAUUCGUUCUGAAACGUAUAGAUAUGUAUACAAUCGACACCAAAAUGCCAAAGGACCUCCACCCCCAAUCGAAAACGACAAGAGUAAGAAAAUAUCUCGUAUGCGUUGAUGGAUCAAAAGAUAAUUAACGGAAAAAUUAUUUUUAAACUAAUUUUUAACAUGACUUUAAUUACUGCCAAUAACUACAUAGCUGCAAUAUACCUGGAAUCAAAGUGGUGCCUUAGCCGAUGUAUUAACACGAUAGAUCUAUUUUCUACUAUGCAUUUGAAUUUUUAAUGUAUAACAUGUAUAAAUCAUAUACUGUGUAAUAUAUAUUGCAAUGUUGUUAAACUCGAAAGUUUAAUAUAUGCUAAGUUACAAUUUUUAUUGAAUUAACUUGGACAUUUAUAUUUGUACAAUAAACUUUAUUCUAGCAUAAAGGACCUCUUCUUUAUUCAAAAGAAUUAUGUUUUGUUUCAUCUCUUUGUUAUGCUAUUAAAUGUCAAUUUAAUAAGUGUGUUCAUGGUUGAAUAUAAUCGCAUGGUAUUGAUUUAAUAUUUGCUAAUAAGAAUCUUAACAUGUUAUAUUUUUUUCUUUCUAGCAAUGUAGUUAAUAAUCGAUUACAUGUUAAUAUAAUUACAUAGAAGUUUGUAAAAUAAUAAAAAUGUGAAUUGUAAAAGCAAAAAUGUUUCUCACCCGACGAGGAUGGGAUUCGAACCCACGCGUGCAGAGCACAUUGGAUUAGCAGUCCAACGCCUUAACCUCUCGGCCACCUCGUCCCUGUGUAUAUCUUUAAAAAAUGUCAUUCGAACAGGGGUGACUACCCCUUAUCAGAUAUAACAUUUUUAACAAUCUAACGUAUUACAUUCUUUUUUCAAUUUUACUGUAAUGUUACUGCAAUACAAAAAACCAAGCCUAUAGCAAUAUUUAAAAAUUAC